AUGCAAUCGAGACUGAGAGCGAUCGCACCGAGAUCCAAUUGGGCCUUGUGGGUGACCCAAUUCCAAGGUCUCCGCCGUGGUGGUCUGACAACAGGUCGUACUGCUGACCCUUCCGUUCACGCCAACGACGACGACGAGAACGACCCCUCCGUUUUAUCCGGUGAACCGGAGAGAUCACAAGACAAUUUAGAACCAGAUAAUGCGAAAGCCAAUUACGAAGGGAGGGACGACCCCAAACAAGGAGAUUCAAAUGGACCAUUUGGGCCAUCCAAAGCCCAACACGCCUCCUCCCCUCGUUUAGAGACCACAGUAGUGGGCCAGGCCUCGAAGCCCAUUACUCAACAAAAGAGAGCCCACAGUGUAGCGAUCGACGACGUGAGCUGUAUCGGCGUCUACGGCGGGCCUCUGGAGGAGGGGAAAGAAAGCAGAACGACUGAAAUGAAAGAUAAAGAAGAAGAAGAAGAAGAAAUAGAAGAAAUAGAAGACAACAGAGAUUAUUACAAGCACCACAAGGCGUCUCCGUUGGCAGAGAUCGAGUUCGUGGAUACUCGUAAGCCGAUAACCAGAGCGACGGACGGGACGGCGGACUAUGGGGACGGAAAGACUGUGAUUGGGUGGUUGCCAGAGCAGGUGGAUACGGUGGACGAUUCGCUCCGAAGAGCAACGGAGAUAUGGAAACAAAAUGCAAUGCGUGGAGAUCCUGAUGCUCCACAGUCGAGAGUUCUUAGGGCAUUGCGUGGUGAAGACUUCUAAAUGUAGAGUGGGUUUAAAAUUAAUAAAUGGUUGCAACAUGCGGUGAAGUAUUGAUCUAAGAAGUUGGGUUUACAAGUA